GUUCUCUGCGAAUCAUUCCAAUGCCGGCGGUGGCUUGUUCUGUUUUAGGGGCUUUAAUUACCGAUGGUUCUCCGUGCUUUGCCUUGCACUAGCAGACCAUCAAGCUUUAUUUCACGUUGAGCAGCGUUGUAUCCGCGCUGCGUCCUUGCACACAAGCAGAUCCGGGCCUAGGUACGAGACAGGGGGCCCCUUGACAUAGCGCUAGCUGGGGCAACUACGCAGUAUCCACCUUGGUCGAACUGCUUGAAGAUCUCGCGCGGGCGGUGGGCGCACCGGAAGAGGAGAGCCGUCGUAUGUAGUACCAGUUGACCCCAAGGCACUUAGAGCCUGUAUAUGUAUAAAGGUACGAUGACGACCUCCCCGCAGGCUGCUCCUUUGAGAGCGCCCAAGGCCCCAGGAGAGUCUCGUCAACAAACCUCCAGACAAAGCUCGGGCAGAAGCUAUCUACGAAUCAUGGCUUGGGGAUCGCUACCUGCACUGGCCGCCCUGGCCGCCAUCCACAUCCAAUGGCUCCUCAACCCAGCCUCGGUGGUCGUCCAAGCUCAAGAUCUGCCCGCACAGGCCCAGGUUAUCGACCAAAGAAGCUUCAACGUCCUGCCUAACGUGCUGCCCGCCACUGUCGUGAAUGGAAGUCAGGUCUUUAUGCCCCCGGGCGUCUCACCGGAAGACCUCUUGGCCAAGCCGUUCCACAUCUACGACGACGAGUUCCAGUCCAUCAUCGGUUCGGAGCCCACAUUGACACUGAUCGCGGAGACGGAAACGGACCCAUUGUUUCACGAAGCCGUGGUCUGGAUCGAGUCAACCGAUGAGGUCUUCUUCGUCCAAAAUGCCGGCGCAAAAGCCGCAGGCACAGGGCUCGACAAGUCAGCCAUCAUCCAGAAGAUCGCUCUGUCACAAGCAGAUGCAGUCAAGGAUCAGGCCAACGCGACCGGACAGGUCACGGUGGAGGUUGUGCCGUCCAACCCACAGGUUAUCAACCCCAACGGAGCUACCAACUACAAGGGCCAGAUCCUCUACAUGGCAGAGGGUGCUGGUGCCGAAAACACGUCAAACGCUGUUGUCAUGAACCCAAGGGAACCAUACAACACGACCGUCGUGCUGAACAACUACUUUGGCCGGCAGUUCAGCUCCCUGAACGACGUCGCCAUUCACCCCGUCAACAAGGAGGUCUACUUCACAGAUACCCUAUAUGGGUUCCUGCAGGACUUCCGCCCCGCCCCUGGGCUCCGGAACCAGGUCUACCGCUGGAAUGACCAGACCGGCGCGGUUACGGUCGUCGCGGAUGGAUUUGUGCUGCCCAACGGUAUCACAUUCUCUCCAGAUGGCGCGUAUGCCUACGUCGCGGACACGGGAAUCAACAAGGGCUUCUACGGCUUCAACUUCUCAGACCCAGCAUCCAUCUACCGCUUCGACGUCCUCGAUGACGGCACCUGGGUCAACCGCAAGACUUUCGCCUACGUUGACUCCGGCGCACCGGAUGGCAUCCACACCGACACUAAUGGCAACCUCUACGCGGGCUGCGGCGACGGCAUCCAGGUGUGGAACCCUUCCGGGAAGCUUGUUGGAAAGAUUUACCUCGGCACGACCAGCGCGAACUUCAAGUUUGCGGGCGACGGCAGGAUGGUCAUCUGCGCUGAGACUAAGCUGUUCUAUGCCACCUUCAACGCGAGCGGGUGGAUUACGGAGGGCCAGUGA